AUGGUGACCGUGUUGUUACAUUUCAGGGGCAAAGUGCUGAAAUGUUCAGGAUGCCAGUUUGUCUACUACUGUGGGAGAGCGUGCCAGAGAGAUGCGUGGGGUGAUCAUAAGUGGGAAUGCGCAAACUUCAAGCGCGUGGCUCCAAAGGUCCUGCCCGAUGGAGCUCGCAUGCUGGCUAAGAUCAUCAACCGCCUGUACCGUGGUGACGGACAUUCAUUCCGAUCCUUUUACUCCGGCACCUCGUUCAGGAUGUGGAAGGAUUUGAUGUCACAUUAUUCAGACUUGAAGUCGGACACAAAGAGGAUGGAUCACUUCACAUCACUCUGCGUGGUGUUGUACGAGUUCCUAAAAGACAUAUCACUGCCAAACACUGUAGAACUCAUGGGAUUGUAUGGAAGGAUGGUAAUAAACAGCUUUAUGAUUUUGGACAUAGAUAUGAAUUCGAUUGGGACGGGCAUUUAUUUAGCCUCGUCCAUAUUGGAUCACAGCUGCGAUCCGAAUGCGGUCGCCAUCUUUGACGGCAAAACUAUCAACAUUAGAGCUAUCAAGGACAUGCCUUGUUUGGACUGGAAUCAGAUGCGAAUAUCUUACAUAGACCUGAUGAAGACUCCGUAUGAUAGACAGACGGAACUGCUACAGAACUACUACUUCUUGUGCCAGUGUGACAGGUGCAUGGAUGAAAAUCAAUUAAAACAUGUGCAUGGCGCCAUUUGUCUAAACAAACAAUGCAAUGAACCGGUCACUAUACCUUGGAAAGAAGACUGUCUACUCGUGAGAAGACCGGAGAAGACCGAGGUCAAUGAACCAUCGAAUAGUAAAGCGGAGAAGCAAGAAGAAAAUUCUACAGAUUUGAAUAAAAUAGAAGAAAAUGGUGUGGAUGAAAAAGAUGCGUUGCAUUGUAAAGAAUGUGGGACGAAGUAUACUGACAAACAUGUCGAUGUCUUCGUAAAGACCAUGGAAUUCACUCAUUUGCAUUUACAGAAUAUGGAGAGGGCAUCCGUUGCUUAUGUGGACGUAUGUCAGUACUGCCUGGAUAGACAGGAGGGUGUGCUGCACCCACUCAACGUGAUGCAUGCACAGACCCUGGACCAUGCCUUCGAUGCGCUCAUACAGGUGCAGCUGUGGGAUAAAGCUUGUGUGUACGCCGAGAAACUCAUUCCUUGCUUUAGGUUCUACUAUGGUGAUAGAAAUCCGCUGCUUGGUCUGUUACACUUGAAGUAUGGAAAGAUACUACUAUUCAAAAUGGACGUUGAAAAAGCAUUAGCCCAGUUGAAAUGUGCUGAAAAAAUUAUAAAAAUGACACACGGAGAUAGACAUCCACUUUACAAAGAACAAUUACUGCCUUUACUACAGCAAGCAAUAAUGGAGUCUUGAAACAAUUCAGUGCCUAUUUAGGUCAUUUUGGUAUUUAAUGUGAUGAUUGUGAAAGAUAAUAAUUAAUAAGCAAUGUUCUAAUACAAAUUUUAAUAGGUCCUCUACCCCACUAUGGUGCAAAGGAUGUUAAGUAAGUCACCUUAAUGAAUAAAAACAAUGAAGUUCUAAGUACCUAAAUAUAUAUGUGAAUGUCUUUUGCCGAUUCUAUUCUAUGUGGGUCUUAGAGUUAAAGCUAUUUAGGUGUAAGCAAACCAAAGCAAUAUCAACAACGUAUACUAUGCCAUAAGUCUUUAUAUGUCAAUUUAUUCCAUAAUCAAACAACUAGCUAGAAGGGGUAGCUAUUUAUAUACAACAAUUAUUUUGGUCACUUGUAAAAUAUGUAAGAAAAAUAU